AAGAUCACUCACACAAUGUUCAAAGGCAGCCAAAAGUGGAAUUUGUUCACUGGAAUUUUAUCAAAGAAUAUGCAACAAGUAAAAAUUCACACUACGCAAUUCAGAAUUUGAUCCAUUAAAGAAAAUCACGAUGGAAGCAAGUCUUCAUUGUAUCUUACAUCCAGAACAGGGAUGUGCAGCCUACUGCUUGCAGUGUAAUGUCCCUAUCUGUAGUAAUUGUGUGACUAAAUGUCACCAGAGUCACAGCCUGGCUGAUAUUGUGGAAAUGGAGAGCAUUAAACAAGUGAAGAAAAGAGAAAUGGAGGAAGACAGUGCUGAAAUUGAGGAGAUUCUGAUCCCCCAAUUCCAGAAGGAGGAAGCUAACAUUGAAAAUCACAUAUCAAAGACCCUAAUCAAAUACAAGGCUUUGGAAGAAACUGCAGAGGGUUACAGAAACGAGUGGCAUGAUGCAGUAGACAUGAUGUUUAACCAGUAUCAGAGAGAUAUACACAAUACAAGAGACAAAGAUAUAGCUACACUGAAAAACAGCCAAUUACAAAUAAGGAAAACCCUUCUGGAAAUGCCACAGAUCAUUCAGCUUAACACAGAGGCACUGAAAUCAGAAAAUAACUCUGACAAAAUCAUUCAAUACAAGUCUAAACUCAGUGCAUUAAGAAACAGUCUUCCUAAAUAUGAAGUGGGGGUUCCUACAUUUACCACCCCUCCAAUACAGGUGGGGACAGGACUCUGUGUGGAGUUUGGGGAAAUCAGAUCGCUGCUCAUCUCCAUGAAUUCUUUGGAUUCUAUGACAACAGGUCAACCGAUAAAAAGACUUCUGGACAGGUUAGUUAUCAAGGCUGAUUUUGAAACUGAGGUUGAAAAUCUACUGCGUAUGGUUUAUUGUGGCAAAAAUGAGGUUUGGCUUAGUGGGAAAGAGGGCAGUAUCAGUCGUGUUAAUAUUCACGGGACUAACCUGGAAAGUCUUGAAGCAAUGAAUACCAAAUUACAAGACAUCUCUAUGACUUUAGAGGGAGAGUUAAUCUAUAGUGAUUACCUGAACAAAACUGUGAACAUUGUCAAAGGUAGUGAAACAGAGGUACUGCUGGAUGUGGAGCCAGGGUGGCACCCACAGGGAGUCUUCUAUACAAAAGUAGGUCAUAUCCUGGUUACCAUGAGAACAGCAGGUGAUUGUCACUGCAAAAUUGUCCGAUACAAAGGAAAGGUCAUAGUCCAAGAAAUUCAGUAUGACAAGUCAGGAAACUCUCUUUUCAGCAGUGGUUAUAAAUGUGUGUUCUUAGCAGAAAAUAACAAUGGUGAUAUAUGUGCUUCUGACACCAAUUCCAGCUCUUUAGUUGUGGUGGACAAGGCAGGAGAUUUGCGUUAUAUAUACCGUUGUGACACUAGUUUGAGGAGGAAAUCAUUCGUCCCAGAUCAAAUUGUGACCGACUCCCUGUGCCAGAUUAUACUGACUGAUUAUGUUAACAAUUGCCUACACAUAUUCCAUAAGGAUGGCCAGUAUCUAAAGUGUAUCAGCCACCCCGAUAUUGACCUGCCUAUAGCCCUGGCCAUAGACAAUGAAGACAGGCUGUGGGUUGGUCAGUAUGUUUCUGGAAAUGUCAAGGUCAUUCAGUAUAUGAAAUGAUCCCAAAAAACACUAUCUUUAUGACCAGGCUACAUGGCCAUAUAACAUAGAGUUCACUUUUGAAUAAGUUUCACUUUAACAAAAGUAAUAUCUCGUGGAAAAGUGAAACUAAGAUCAAACUUAAACUUAUAUAUGUAUUAGGUUUUAUAACCCUCGAGUAAGAACUAAUUCUACCAAUGGUCCAAAGUAUCAAGAAGAUUAGUUUAUCGUUUCUUGAUAUCAAGUGGUUAAUAUCCAUUUAUAGAAUAAAAGAUCU